AUGUUGAUGAGAUCAGGACGAGUGGCUGUGAGAGUGGGAGCAGGGAGGAGGUUCUUCUCGGUGUCGGCGAGGAGGUGGGAGGUGCUGUCGACGGAUGAGCUGCCGGAGAGGGUGCAUCCGCUGUACUCGACACCAGAAUCUCCUGCCGCUACGUCAAAGCUAUGGAACCUCACAUGGCCUAAAGAACCACGCAAUAUCCUACUCAUAAAAAAGCCGAACGUCCCCUUUGUCCGCACAGCACUGAUAGAACUCGCCAAACAUAUAAAGAGCACUUACCCCAAGACCAAUAUAAUUUUGGAGCCUGCAGUCGCUCACUCCAUCCACCACGAAUUCUCAUUCCCUGUAUAUACUCUCCCACCUUCCCCUGCAUCUACGCCCUUCCCCUACACGCAAAGUACCUACCCUCGCACUCCUGUGCCCACCGCGCUGCAGAAACCCCAAAAGGCUUCCUUGACAUCACCCUCCGGCGACCUCAUAAACCCCUACCACACCAAGACCGACCUCCUUGUCACUCUCGGCGGUGAUGGAACAAUUCUGCAUGCCGCGUCGCUCUUCUCGACCUCGCGACAGGUGCCACCUGUGCUCAGCUUCGCCAUGGGGACACUUGGUUUCCUCGGUGAGUGGCGGUGGAACGAGUUUGUUGAGGCUGUGAGAGUGGUGUUCGAGGGCGCUGGAAGAGUGCUAAGAAGGGAAAGGUUAAAAGUUGGCGUGUAUGAUCGGGAUGGGAAGAGGGUCGGUGGUGAUUGGGGUGAGGUUCAGGGGAUCGGCGAUGCGCAUGCGAUGAAUGAGGUUAAUAUUCAUCGUGGUAAAGACCCACAUCUGGCCAUUGUAGAGGUGUUUGUAGAUGGCCGGUUCCUGACCGAGGGCGUGGCCGAUGGUAUGAUCAUCUCAACGCCCACGGGCUCCACUGCCUACUCGCUGUCAUCUGGCGGCUCCAUCAUCCAUCCUUCGGUCUCCUCGCUCCUCAUCACGCCCAUCUGCCCCCGAUCUCUCUCCUUCCGCCCACUUGUCCUGCCAGCCGACUCCGUGCUCACACUGAAGUUGAGCGAGCGGAAUCGCUCGGAUGAGGUCGAGGUUAACGUAGAUGGACGACGAUGGGGAGGAAUCGGAAGGGGUGAAGAGAUUAGGGUGUGGAGCGAGGAGAUGAAGAAGGAGGGCGGGUGGGGUGGAAUUCCGUGUGUGAGGGGUGGGAAGGGGGGCGGGGAUGAUGGGUGGGUUGGUGGGCUGAACGGCCUUCUGAAGUUUAAUCACCCGUUUGGCGAGGAUGAGUAG